CAGGAGCCUUACCAGUCCAACAGUGACCCCCAUAGAGGUUGUGUUGAAAAAUAACCCGCUUAUCAAAGGGGUUAAAGAAAUUUUGAACAAAUGGAACAAGAGAUGGCCUGACAUUGAGAGGCCUUGGCCGGUGGAAGGGACUUUUAACCGGGAAGUAAUUGAGAUUAUACGUGUACUCGUAUCAACAUACAAAGCAGGAGUCAAAAAAGGACAAAAAGGGGAAAAGAGAAAGGAAAAAAGGGAAUUGGAAUUGGGAUUGUUGAAAAUAUUUGACGAACAGGGACAAAAAUUGGAUCAGGAGCUCAAACAGAAAAAAGAGGAAAUCACAGCUGAUGUACUGAAGAAUGUGGAAGAAGCUAGGAAGCUAAUGGAAAAAGUUAAUACACCUUUCUCACAUGUCGCCCCGGUUAAGAGCCCCCCGCCGUACGAUGUGAGUGAUAAACGUGAUGUCUAUCCGCAACUCCCGAUAGUUAACCAAGAAGGUAGCUAUCAGUUGGAGACCGAAGACAAGGGCAUUGUCGAAACCGGAAGAGCUAGGACCACCAUUGUUAUGCGUCCUAGCCUGACCCAUAAGAAGAAUAAAACUCGACAUGCGACAGAAGGGAGACAAGGGUCCACCAAGAGGGAGCUACAGGAUGAUAGCCAGAGCGACACAGAAGGAGAAGCGGGGGGCUACGACCCCGUAAUCAAAAGCAUUUUGAGAAGAGCGGAGAAAAAAGGACGCACCCCAGGGAAAAAGACAAGAGCAAGGAAAGAUGUAAGCGGUACGGAGAGCGGAAGCUGCGAGGACAGCUGGGGAGAUGAAUGCCCUGUGCCUACUUCACGCUCCACCCCAGUUGCCUUGGAGGACUGGAGAAGGACCGCUUUAAGGAGCAUUGAAGCCAGAAAAGAACAAUGCUUGGAGGAGUUAGAAUGGAGCGUGGAAACAAGAGAGCAGGAGGAUCUAGAGGAACAGUUGCAAAAGUUAGAGGUGGCCAAGCUUGAGUUGAAAAAAGUGGCGUCCAAAAUGCCAGGGACACCUUUUGGCCGGGAGCAAGGAUCAACCCGAGCAACCACAAUUCUGCCCGUGAUGGUCAUGGGACAAACCCCACCCCAACAGAUCUUAUUGCAGCCCCCGCAGCCCUCUGGCCAACCACCGCAGGUGGCCAUGGCAGUGCCCGUCAGUCUAGCACCCCAAUGGGGGCACAACCAAAUGCAGUCCUGGGGCACCAGAGGGCGUGGAGGCAGGGGAAGGGCAGGAAAGUCGAAACCCACAGGGGGCCCGGGACAGAGGUCUGACGCUUGCUAUAACUGUGGCCAAGUAGGACACUGGGCCCGCAACUGCAGCAUGCCCACCAGAGGAGGCUUUGGAGGGGAGUACAGCCAACAUCCCCCAAAACCCCAGGGCCCGGUGAACCCUUUUGGAGGCCCGGAACCUGGAUUCUAGAGGUGCCCGGUGGGCCCAGAGGGGGGAUGUCAGCUGGUAGUGUCAGGUCCGGAACGAGAGCCAACAAUAACAG